AAAACCCACAUCUGGCUAGCCUACUUCCCCACCCCCACCGCAUACCAAACCUGGUGGGCCUCUCCCCCUGUCACGGCCUUCUGGUCCUCGCUCCCCCCCGAUGCCGGCAUGUGGCGCGAGGUUAUCUCCCCGGGUCGGGAGUAUACCCAGCACGGCACGAACGGUACGGAGCCGAUCGGGAUGGGCUGUCUCGGGGAGUCGAUCAGUGUCGCGGAUAAAUCAGGGUACUGGGGGUGUUAUCGCCACCGAAUGGCGGCGGGGAGGGGGGAUAGGAUGAGGUCUGAGAUCUCUGGGCCUGGAUCUGGAUCUGGACAGGUCACUCGGAGUCCUGGGGAAGACGGGGAGGGGGUUCGGUUGGGGAGGGUGCAUAUGACGGCUUUUCCUGACAACAUGUGUUUUGUGGUCGAGGGGCAGGAUCAUUCCGCCGUUACUGGCAAAGAGAAGGGGGUGUGGUUUGAGCGGUUCGACGGGUUAGUGCGAACGUGGAUUGACGAUCUGGUGACCGCUGGGCCAGGUGAGGGGGUGUUGGGGGCCAGGAUUUGUGGCGUUGCUGGGAGUGGGAGGUUUGCGGGCCCGGAGGCUCCGUCGGCGUCAGCGUCAGAAGUGGACUUGGACUCGCAGGAGGCAUGGGAGGCGCUAGAUUACAAGAAGAAGGUGCAGCUGUUUUGGUUCAGGGAUCUGGGAUCCAUGGAGAAAAUCGGGAGGCGCAACGCCGGGCAUGUCAAGCUGAGAAGCAGCUUUCUGCAGGCCUAUGGGCCGGGAGGGGAGCUGAGUGAGGGAGGGGGCAUCAGGCUGUGGGUGGAGACGAGUGUGCUGAAGAGAGGCGAAGUCGAGUGCGAGUAUGUUGGGUGCUGGGAGGGGACGGGAUUCAUGGCGCUUCAGGCGGAGGAAGGAUUUCGCUAG